UUCUGAAGCCAAACUUUAAUCUGCUUCAAGAUAGGAGAGCAAUGGGGAAAAGAUGCAAAGUCAGCCCGCUGCGUGUUUUCUGCGUGGUUCUGGCCGCGGCCUCUGUCGCAACCAUCGUCACAUUGUGGACUAUCGCUUUCACAGGAGGAGAAGGAGGUGACGUCACGGCUCCUUGGGACAGGUAUCGUCUGCCUCCAGGAUUAGUCCCUUUGUUUUACAACAUCACACUGUGGCCUCGACUCAGGCCCAAAGAAAACUCUAGCCUCUACAUUUUCACAGGCUGGUCCACUGUGCAGUUUGAGUGUCUGGAAGAAACCAAUCUGAUUCUGAUUCACUCUAACAAGCUAAACUACACAAAGAUGGAAGAUGGACACCCUGUUAGGCUGACUGCUGAAGGUGAUGAAUCUGCUCCAAACAUUAAGUCAGCUUGGCUGCAACCUCAAACACAGUAUCUGGUCAUCCAGCUGAAGGGUAGAUUAACUCCAGGACAGAAGUACCGGCUGUACGCAGAGUUUACCGGAGAGCUUGCUGAUGACCUAGCUGGAUUUUACAGAAGCGAAUAUGAAGAAGAUGGAGUCAGAAAGGUUGUUGCAACCUCCCAGAUGCAUCCCACUCAUGCCAGGAAAACAUUUCCCUGCUUUGAUGAGCCGGCCAUGAAAGCAGUUUUCCACAUAACCCUGAUCCACCCGCCUGGAACCGUGGCUCUGUCUAACGGCAUGGAGGAAGAUCAUGCAGCUAUCACUAUUGAUGGAGAGGCUUUACUGCAGACAAAGUUUGAAGCCACUGAGAAGAUGUCCACCUACCUGCUGGCCAUCGUCGUCUCUGACUACACUUACUUGAACACAACACAAGGAAACAUUCAGAUUCGAAUCUGGGCUCGCAGGAAGGCUAUCAAUCAGGGGAACUACGCCCUGAAUGUAACUGGACCCAUACUGGACUUCUUCCAGUCCUACUAUAACAUAUCUUACCCCCUAAAGAAAUCAGAUCAAAUCGCUCUACCAGACUUUUAUUUUGGUGCAAUGGAGAACUGGGGACUGGUUACCUAUAGAGAAACCAACCUCCUCUAUGAUCCUGAGACCUCAUCCAACAGCAAUAAAGAAACCACAGUCACCAUCAUUGCUCAUGAACUAGCACAUAUGUGGUUUGGUAACCUGGUGACACUGCGCUGGUGGAAUGAGGUCUGGCUAAAUGAAGGCUUUGCUUCGUACGUGUCGUACUUGGGCGCUGACCAUGCAGAACCUGACUGGGAUGUGAAAGACCUAAUAGUAUUGGACGAUGUACACAAAGUCUUUGCAGUGGACGCUUUGGCAUCCUCUCAUCCUUUGACCUCUGAAGAAAACAGUAUCUUGCUCCCAGGACAGAUCAUGGAGCAGUUUGACACCAUCUCCUACAGCAAGGGUGCCGCAGUGCUGCGGAUGCUGUCGGACUUCCUGUCAGAGCCGGUCUUCAAACAAGGACUCAGUAGUUACCUCAGAUAUUUCUCCUAUGGAAACACAGUCGGGACUCAGUUGUGGAAAUAUCUGCAAAUGGCUGUGAAAGACAACAAAGUGUCUCUUCCUCAUCCAGUUGACAUCAUCAUGAACCCCUGGGUGCUUCAGAUGGGCUUCCCAGUGGUUACCAUAGAUACGAGCACUGGAAGGGUUUCCCAGGAGCACUUCCUGCUGGAUCCAGAAACGAAUGUCACUGUACAAUCGCCAUACAAGUAUAAGUGGGUGAUCCCUGUGAGAUGGAUGAAAGAUGGCUACGUCCGUGAGGACAUCUGGUGGCUCGACGAGAAGGAAGCUCUGAAUGUGGACAUGAUGACAGGGCCUUCAUGGAUUCUGGCUAACAUCAAUGUAACUGGAUAUUACCGAGUGAAUUAUGACCUUGGGAACUGGGAGCGACUGUUUUCUCAGCUCAGCACAAACCACCAGGUGAUCCCACUUAUCAACAGGGCACAGCUGGUGGACGACGCCUUCAAUCUGGCCAGAGCUCAGCUGGUGCCCACAACUCUGGCUCUCAGGACCACCUCCUAUCUGUCUCAGGAGACUGAGUACAUGCCGUGGCAGUCUGCCCUCAACAACCUGCGCUACUUCGAACUCAUGCUGGACCGAACUGAAGUCUAUCAGCCCAUGCAGGAUUAUAUCAGGAAGCAGGUGACUCCACUCUUCCUGUAUUUCAGGGAAAUGACAUCAAACUGGACCAAAGUUCCAGAGAAGCACACCGACCAGUACAAUCAUGUAAACGCUCUCCGUACAGCCUGUAGGACCGGCCUGUCAGAGUGCCAGGACCUGACCCGCAUGUGGUUCGGACAGUGGAUGGACCACCCUGAACACAAUCUCAUCCAUCCAAACCUGCGUUCUGCAGUGUACUGCAGCGCGGUGGCUGACGGCACUGAAGCUGAGUGGAACUUUGCAUGGUCGCAGUUCAGGGCGGCUACGGUGGCCAGCGAGGCCAGUAAACUUAUGUCAGCUCUGGCCUGCAGCACCGACACACAGCUGCUGGACAGGUAUCUGAGUUACACGUUAAAUACGACCCUGAUCCGAAAACAGGAUGCCACCUCCGUCAUCACGGCCGUGGCCAAUAACAGAGUGGGACACAGUCUGGCCUGGGACUUUGUCAGAGAGCACUGGGUGUACAUGUUCACAGAGUAUGGUGUAGGCUCUUUCUCCUUUGCCUCUCUGAUCAGUGGGGUAACAGCGAGGUUCUCCACACCUGAAGAGCUACAGCAGCUGCUGGACUUUGUGGAGCAGCACAAAGAGGCAGGUUUUGGUUCUGCAGCCCUGGCCGUGGAUCAGGCAUUGGAGAGGACUGAGGCCAACAUCAAGUGGGUGCAGCAGAACAAACAGGAGGUCCUGCACUGGUUCAGCAGCCAGACUGGAGGUUAGAAGAGCUAACUGGGGUCUGGAAGUCAAGAUGGAGGGCAGCCUACAAGUCAACGCCAGUUGAUUAUAAUCCCAAAGCAAGGAAAAAGGUUUUUGUUCAGAAGUGAAUCUGAUUGUUGGUGAAGGACAGACCGUUUGAUGGCCACAGAGAACUAAGGGGAAAAUUAACAUCUUUCCCAAAAACAAAGACAUUGAAACAUAUUCUUAAAAUUAGUUACUUACAAAUAUAUAUUUUAUUAAACGCAAUGAAAAUGAAUCAGUGUCUUGAGAUCACAUGUUGUGCAUUCAACUGAUUUGAUGUAAAGGCUGCUUCUCUACUUUAA